UUGUACAGUACAAGAGGAGUACAGUUGUAGGUGUACAAGUAUGUCAUACCACGUCACUAUCAGACCCCAUCUUAAGUAGGUGCGUAGGUGUAGAUGAGUAUGAACAUGAUCAGUCAGUAUCAGUGUCGAUAUAAUUAUAUCGCAAAUGUUGCAUCAAAUGACAGCGUCAGAGCUGAAGUAUUUCUGAGAGAGACUGAGUAUCGUCGUCUGAGCCUGCAUUGAUUAGGAUACCAAUACUUCAAAUGGCGACCAACACUUCAGCAGCAACUUCCUCGUGCACCUAUUGCUCCAAGAUAUUCAAUGAUCCUCGAAUGCUCAACUGUCUCCACUCAUUUUGCAAGGAGUGUCUCGAUAAAUAUUAUGACGAAGAAGGUAGCGGAACGAACCUUAAGUGCCCUAACUGUGAAAUUUCCACCCCUCUAACCGCUGUGGGUCGAAUCGACUUGCUCCCCAAAGAUUUACAAGCUAGCUAUGAAGCCGAUAUAACUACAUACGAGCUCAAGAUGAAGAGCAAAAAGGAGAUCGAGUGUGAUCGAUGUGUUGAUCCAGAAAACGGACCAGCCGUGUCUUUCUGUUGCAAUGAGUGCAAGUUCCUUUGCAAAGUCUGCACUAAAGAUCACAAGACCUGGCGAAAGACUCUCCAUCACGAGUUAAUUAAUCUCUCCGAGAAGAAAAAGAAAGGUGAUGUUUUGAAGAAUAUACCCCACGCUCCGAUGACAUGCAACGCCCACCCAGACGCUACUCUCACCUACUUCUGCGAGAGUCAUCAUAUUCUUCUGUGUCGAGACUGUGUUCUACUAGAGCACAAGAGUUGUGAGUAUCAGAUGAUCAAAAUAGCUGCAAAGGCAGAAAAAGCUGACCUGCUAUCGUAUCUUGGUAAAGUGGAAGAAAUUCGAGCCAAGUUGGAAGACGCUAUGGGUCAUGGAGACAAAGUGAUGCAGCGAGUUAACGCCACACAUAAAACGGUGGAUAAUUCAAUCAAAAACACCUUCAAAGCCCUUUAUGAAGCUCUUCGUAGCCGAGAGAGAGCCCUUCUGUCUGUCAGUGGAGACAUAGCCUUGGGCAAGGAGACUGCUCUUCGAAUGCAACACGAGAAUGUGAAGAAAUUUCAUGACGAUGCUACAAAAACAUGUAAGCGCAUCAAGGCCGCUACUGAAGUGUACACCCCGGCUGAAAUGCUCUCUACCAAGACCACAAUGGCUACAAAGCUGCAGUACCUAAUGAAGCUAUUUCAGGAAACGAUCCUUGAGUCAUGCAAAAGUGAAGUAAUGCCUACCUCUCUUGACAAUGCAGCUCUUCUCAAAGACAUACAGCUAUUUGGUCAAGUCAUAGCCGGCUGCUGUCCAUCACUGAGUACUGCAACGAUUGAGUUUAUCCCAAAGGCAGUAAAAAGCAGAGAGAGGAAGUUUGUUAUUCAAGCCCGUGAUUCUCAAGACAAACCCUAUCCUAAAGGCAGCGAGCCUGUGUACGCAACCAUUCGUCUGAUGGGGUCCGAAGAGUCUCCUACUACUUUAGCUGUCACCGACAAUGAAAAUGGUACAUACAGUAUUUCCUUUACACCGACGAGUAUUGGAAAACAUGUAUUAUCCGUUACCAUUAGUAACGAACACAUCAAAAGAAGUCCGUUCAUCGUCUAUGUAAGGGAGCCAAGGGAUUACACUGCACUAAAUGCAAGUAUCCAGACCUUUAAAGCUCCAACUAAUGUUUGUGGUGUUGCUUUGGAUGAGCACUCAAAUUUAUACGUUACACUUGAUAAUCACAGUAUUGUUGCUUUCGAUAAAUCUGGGACGCAGUUUUCUGAACUCGGCACACCAGGUAGCAACAGUAGUGAUGAUGGGAAAUUCUAUUAUCCAAGAGGCAUUCUUCUGAAAAACGAUUUGAUGUACGUUGCAGAUUGGGAUAAUCAUAGAAUUCAGAAGCUGAAAAUCUCUGGAGAUUUAGUAGCUAAGUUUGGUACCGAAGGUUCAGGAAAAGGUCAGCUAAAUUGUCCAAGUGGUAUAUGCAUGAUUCCUGAGGGUAAGAUUUUCGUUUCCGAGUAUGGAAAUAAUCGAGUGUCUGUUUUCGAAGCUGAUGGCACCUUUUGUUCUCAUAUCACUGGGCAGGGCCAAAAGGGAGGAGAUAUGAAAAGUCCUCGAGGAAUUGCGAUUGACCCAACAGGAAAUCUACACGUAACAAAUUACGGUGGAAGUACGUUGGUGAAAAUUUACUCUCAAUGUGGCAAAUACAUCUCUGAGUAUGGCGGUGAUAAAGUGACUAGUGCUUGCGGGAUCUGUAUCGAUGCUGAGGGUUAUUCUUUCAUUGGUGGUACCUAUGCUAACCCGGGCCGUGUGGAAGUGUUUGAUUCGGAGCACAAGCACAUCAAGACGAUAACUGCUGUGUCCAACAUCUGGCAUCUUACUCUCGAUAAUGACGGAUUCCUCUACGCUGCUGAUUUUAGUAACAGUCAAGUACAGAAGUAUUGAAGUAAUAGAUCUCAUUGUUUGGUUUAUUGUGCAUCUUUUAAUAGUACGUGCGAGUUACUGUGACAGUGUAAUUGCAGAGCCGGGAGGCUAGAACCAUGCAUUGACCUUAGGCAUAAAAACUAUAAUUACUUUUCUCCAACUUCCUUAAUUGCAGACUACUUUUAGCCUAAGCCUGUUUUUAGUGGUAUCUUUCAGGGGGUAGUCAUAUUUAUAUCAGCAAAAUUGCCGAAAAGUGUUUGCCAAUUUUGCUCAGAAGCCGAGAUACAAAUCUCAACGCCAGCUGUGCGUUGAUCUCGAUAAAAAGCCACUAGAUCUAGUACAAACUGACUUGUACUUCU